AACACGCAUAUCAAACACUCUUACACCCCCCUGAUCCUUCUUCUUACAGAUUCAACAAGUGGGAGAGAGGGAGAGGUGGAGUUUAUCUUAUUAAAUCUUUUGAAAAAGAAAAAGAAAUCCCAGUAAUCAUCUACUCCUUUAUCCGGUACUUUCCCGGCUUUUCUCCCCCCCAUCUAUCCAUCUUUUUCUCCAAAAACCCGCACUUAUAAACACCUACCCUUUUCGAUUUUACGCGUGUACCAGGGACUUGCCAUUUUCGUUUCCUAAUCUUCCUUUCUUUGCUCUUAGUUUGACCCGCAUCGGAUCUGGUUUUUUGCUUCGCUUUCUCCUCAAGGGCUGUAUACAUGUAUAUAUUUGGAUUAUUACUUUAGAGGAUUGGCAUUAGUUGGUUCUAGCUAGAAAAAGUAUAUUCCUCGGAGGCAUAAUACAAGUUUGGCAUGUUGGCAACUGUAAAAGCCAGAUGAUUUGGAAUAGUUGAAGUUGGGAUGUUUUCAGUGCCAGUUUUUGCCUUUAACUCGCUAAUCAGAUUGACUCGCAAAGUGGUGAUGUUGGUGCAACGGGCUGAUAUCAGCGGCUUAAAUAUUUUUUUUUACUGGUGUUGAGAAAUCGGGUCUUUAAUUUUGGGGUUUAGCUUAAGAUAGACGGUAAGAUUGGAAUUGGUAGUCUUUUACAAUGGUCCAUAUAGCUCCGAGAGAGAGAGAUUUUGAGGUUGAUCUUGAAAAAGGGGGGACGGUUAGCGAAGACAGGGUAGGUUUAUGUUGUAAUGUCUCUAAUCCUGCUGGAGUUUCAGGGCAGAAUGUCAAUUCACCUACAAACAGGAAGUUGGAAGGGGGAGAAGCUAAGAAUGAUGUAUAUAAGAGUGUAGAGAAGGAUAAGCAUAAAAAAUCUAGCAAUAAAAAGGCUCCAAAACCUCCUAGACCUCCGAGAGGACCAUCUUUGGAUGCAGCAGACCAGAAACUAAUCCGAGAGAUAGCUGAACUUGCCAUGUUGAAGCGGGCUAGGAUUGAGCGAAUGAAAGCCUUGAAGAAGAUGAAAGCAGCAAAGGCAUCAUCAUCGUCAAACGGGAAUCUAUUUGCCAUCUUAUUCACCAUUCUCUUCUGUCUUGUGAUAAUUUUCCAAGGCAUGUCAUCAAACAAAGCGCCUAAAAGCUUCCAAGGCUCUGCGGUUCCGGCAGGAAGAGCAGACAAUGGUUUGAUUUCGGUUCAGUACGUUGGGAAUCCAUCCAUGAGCGAGCCUAAUGCACCCGGUUCUGGUUUCCCAAAUUUAUUACAGCAGACAUCUGGUAUGGAUCCUGGAGAAAAGCUGGUAAUAGGUGCAGGAUGAGAUGAACUAACAGCAGAUUGGAAUUCUAAGCAAAGCUGUUUUUUCAUACUCGGCCUCUGUUGGCUUUGGAGUUUCUUGCAUAAUUUCUCUCCGUUUUGUAGGGGGAGGGGGGUUGACUUAAAUUUAACACCCGAGGGGUAUUUUAGUAAUUUAGUUGCCUUCUUGUCAACUAUUUUGGCCAUCUUGUGGGUGUAACGCUUGAUUAUACAAUAUUCAUAUAUAUAUAUAUAUAUAAUAUAGUUCCAAA